AUGUCCGUUUAUGUCGUCACCGGAGUGUCCAGGGGGAUUGGGCUUGAGUUUCUCAAGCAGCUCUCGGAAGACCCGAAGAACUUGAUCGUCGGUCUGGUGCGUGAUAAAGUUGCAACCGAGCAGAAGGUAGCGACAGAGCUGGGCGGCCGUCCUAAUGUUCACAUCCUCCAUGGAGAUCUCGCCAAUUACGCCACCCUGAAGCAAGCCGCUGCUGACACGGCGGACAUCGUGGGCGAGCGUGGCGUCGACUACCUGGUGGCCAACGGAGGUUUAGUGCCCCACUUGGAUGCCUAUGGACCUAUCGGCGCGUUGGCCGACAAGGUCGAGGAGGUCGAGGCAGUCUCCUCGCAGCUAUGGCAGACCAACGUCAUUGGAAACAUGCACCUCUUCCAUCUCUUCCUGCCUCUUGUCCUGAAGGGCCAUGUCAAGAAGGUCAUUACUCUUUCCACUGGUAUGGCCGAUCUCGACUUGAUCAACAACUGCGAGGUUGAUAUUGCCGGUUUAUAUGCCGCCUCCAAGGCAGCCAUGAACGUCAUUGUGGCCAAGUUCAACGCGCAGUACAAGAAAGACGGUGUCCUCUUCCUGAGUAUCAGCCCAGGUUUCGUAGAGGUAGGCCGCUACACAGAUGUCACUCCGGAAGAGGCCCAGGGCAUGACAGGCUUCGUGGGCAAUCUUCUAGCCUAUGCACCUCACUUCAAGGGCCCGAUUACUCCGGAAGAAUCCGUCCGACAUAUCAGGUCCACCUGGGAGAAGGCCAGUAUCGAGGGUGGGUUUGGCGGUGCGUUCGUCUCGCAUCUUGGGAACAAGCAGUGGGUGUAGACUCGGCGGCCUGAGACACCAGGUACACUAGUUCUAGUGUAACACGUGCAUCGACG